UGAAUAAUAAUCCUUCCCGUUGAACAUGCGCCUGGUUUUGACACAGUAGUUAUUCACUGAUAAGGAUAUAUUGAUCUUUGUCUGAAGUGACAAGUUUCAGGAGAUAAAUCAAACCUCUCAUUUCUAAUCUACAGACAUUAUAUCAUUUGAUUUAUUAUUUUCUGAAGCUGUACAUGUGUGGUCAUUUAAACAUAGUUGAUUCAUCAUCAUAUCGUUAUAUUAUACAGUAUAUCGUAAGUACUCUCUGUAAUUUUGAUUCCAAUGUUUCAGCCCUCAGUAAAAUGUCAAACUGAAGCAAAAACAAGAAUUCAUACCGUACUUCCACCGGGGAUUCUCCGCCAUUAUCGCCCGAAAACAUGUCUCUAACCGUUGUGGAUGGAUCUUGGUAAACAUUUUCGGAAGGGUAGGUCUUAUAUGCAAGUAGGUUAAGAGAAAAGAAAUCAUGCUAGGCACAUGCAAAAACACUGGACAGUUUACUGUGAUAUCCUUUGUAAUGCGUAGUGGGGUUUGCCGAGAUUUCCUCUCCGGUGUUCCGUACCUGACUGAGGUAUAUCUCUUCGGGUGUUCCCUAGUUUUAUGUAGAUACUCUAUUUGUUACUUUAUUCCUCAGUCAGCGGUCGCUAUUACUAUGAAUUAAAUUAAUCAUUGAUUCUUGAUUUGUUAACGAAAUGCAACUAAAUGGAUGAUGACAAAUACUAAUAAAACUGCAUCAUUUCAUUUCAUUCAUACCGCGGUAUACAUGUAUUAUACAAAUUCAGAAUCCUUUUAACUAUUUCUUCAAAGCCCUCUUAAAAAAACUUUAAAAUGUGUUUAUUUGUAACGAAAUCACGGCAAUAUUCUAGACCUACAUUUUAUUCAUACCUUCGUGACCCAUGUCCAACUUGAAUGACCGAUAGCAUCGAAUUAUCCAAGCGAAAAAUGGGUUUAACAUUAAUGUGCUGUGGACAUAAUAGAAUUACCCAAUAUAAUGGAUUUGAAUAUUCUUUAUAUGUAUAUUAUACGAUGAAGAGUUGAGAUUUUCCUUAAAUAACAGUCAGUCUUAGUUUCUCCUUUUCAUAAUAGCUUAUGUCUUGCGGUAACGAACGUGAGAGAGCUUGCACUUGUGAGACAGCGGAAGAAGACUUGAAACUUCAUUGUCGCCGACACCCAGUUGACUUUCCGAUCGAUCGUAACUCAUUGACAGAUGUAUAAAAGUGAUCCAUCACAGAGACUGAAGCCAAUUUUAUAGCUGAAAUAUCCGGCUACAACAUUCCAAGUCUAAAAGCCAUUCGUCCUAUGCAUCCGGUACCAAGACAAACAUCUUCUGCCAGAAAGCUCGGAAAACUUUCUGAGAGUCGGAGGAAUUUGCAACGAGAAAACGUUGGUGCUUAUAGAGGUGAAGCUACAGAGGAAAUGGGAAUCAGAAGUGACUUCUUUCUCUCAACAGAAUUUUAUUUUCGGGUAUUUGAAUAACUGAGGUGUUUAAUACUGGUGAUUUUCUCAUUUUAAGAGAUUCGAAAAAUCUUCAAGACAAAUGGACCCGAUGCCGGUUGCCUGUUAUUUUUGCUCUUCUUUAAUCUUCAAAUAUUGUCUAGCCUGAAAUAAGUGAAACAGUGACUACAUUUUAGACAAUUUCAGCAUGGAUUAUGACGAUUAUAAUGAUACGCUUUUUGGAGGUGUCCCUAUUCCUCCUGACCCGGAAGUGGAGCCGACCGCUCAGCUCCUCACCACCCCGCCACACGUGUCAGUGGCACGACCGGAAGAGCUAUUCUGUCCACGCUGGCUACGAGAGCAGUCUUGGCCCAAUUCCACGACUAUCGAGGACAUUAAUGCGAAAUUUCGUCGUAGAAACAUCCCGGGGAUCUACUUCAUAUCUCUGCAGAUGCUUCUUGGACUCAUUGGAAAUUUACUAGUCAUUGUUGUUUACUUUACCCGAUUUAAGACUUCCAACUACCGAGUUUUUGUCCUGUUUCUGGCUUUUUUAGAUCUUAUCAAUUGUGUGUUAGUAAUGCCGUUUGGAAUUCUAUAUUUGUACUAUCCCAUAAACUUUCCUUCCAACUUGAUAUGCAAAGCUGGACACUUCGUAGGAUUUUUUGGAGGUGUUGCCUCACCGUUUAUGCUCGUAGUAAUUGCUAUAGACAGAUUCCGCAAAGUGUGUAAACCAUUAAAAUGGCAAAUUACAGAAAAACAAGCGAAAAUCAGUUGCAUUGUGAUUGUUUUUAUGACUUUGAGUGUCACCUGGUUUACACCUUGGUUUUAUGGAAACAUAACGGUGAAAACAGAUAUACAUGGUAUAAACGGCACAAGGUGUUUCAGGGUGGAGAACCAAUUUUUUGCUUCUUUGUCCAAGUGGUACUACAGCGUCCUUAUGUCCAUGUUUAUCGUUGUCACGAUAUUUCUGUCUGUUUUGUACUAUUUCAUCAUGAAAAGGGUACACGUCCAUUCGAAAUAUUUCUCUAGGCGACAUAAAGGUUCUAUGGGAUCGUGCAACAAACAUCUUCAAACCAGAAAGUCGACAGUAACCUUCAUGAUAAUAACGGUCGUAUACGUCAUCAGUACUCUUACCCAUGAUGCCCUUGCUAUGAUUUUGCACGUAAAAGCUGACUUGGAGUGUGACCUUACGUUCACUACCGGGACUAUCUACUAUACGUUUUUCUGGACAGUAUUUCUGAAUAAUGUGUCAAAUCCUUUUAUAUACGGGCUGUCUGAUGACAGAUUUUCUUCGUUGAUCAAGGAAUUAUUCAGAAGAAGAGAGUCGGGGUGGUUAUCCAGAACCACUAUAAGCAACACAACAUCAAAUUCCAAAAGAAGCUCUACAUUGUCGGGCAUGAUCAUACAAUUCCAAAGACAAUCAGUUUUUAACAAGUCCUCUACACAAGCAGACUUAUUCCGGAAACAAUCCUUAUCUAAUAGGUUUUCCACACAGUCAAACUUAGUUCGCAAGCAAUCUACAAUUAGCAAGAGCUCAAAUGCUGCAGACUUGCAUCGCAAACAAUCUGUUGCCAGCGAAUCGUCUAAUGGGGUAAAAGUUUGAUGUUCGUCACUUACAUCCAAUGGUUUGCAUAGUUAAAACGUGUGGAUAUUUUGCUGUUGACGUUGAAUGUUAACUGCAUACCAACUAAAUGGGCACGUUUAGUUUCAGUUUAUGUGUAUGUGAAUUUGGUGCAUUUUGAAUGCCUGUUAUUCUCCAUUCAAUGUAUUUAUUCUUUUUUGUCCAGGUGACGUAAAAUAUUGUUAUUCAAUGUAUAACGAAGGGGGAUUCAACAAUUUAAAACGAUUUAAUUCAAGAUAAAUGUUUACUGUUAAAUAAUGGUGAAAGUUAAAUUGAGGUAUUAAGUGAUAAAUUUUAUUUCAUGUUUUUCAAAGAGAAAGUUUUCCGAGUAUGUAACUUUUGAAAUUUGUAUGAAAAUAUAAUUUCUUUGGAAAAUAUUUAAUGAAAACAUGCUUUUCCUAUAAAUAUCAAUGUAAAAUUCAAUGGGAUAUAAAUCAAGCUGUGAUAAAACUGGUGGAUUCUAUUUAAAAUUAUAUGAUUAUAUAAGUUACGCCAUCCAUUUAUUAGAUAUGAAAUAUGAUCGUUAUACAGUGAAUAGCUUGUGUAAUUUAUUGUUUGUUUUGUUUUUAUACUGGAUUGUUAGCCUAAGGAAGGAGCCAUCAAUUCUAUUCAUAUUACCCAAUAAAGAGCUAUCACACAA